CAGCUGAUGGGACCCUGGAUGCCUGUGCCUGCUCGCUGUGAGUCCUGUAGUCCUCUCCCCUGAACAGCCGAUAGAAGCGAACAGGAGGCUGCAGGAGCGCUCGGUGGGACCCGGGAGGACAACACUAUGAAGUUGUCGGUCCUCCUCCUCCUCCUCUGUCCGCUGGCCCUGGCCGUAAUCCCCGGUCCGAAUGAGUUUAUGUCCUUGGCAGAGAUGGAGGACGCCCUGCUGAGGAACCUUUUCCAAGGCUACCAGCGCUGGGUCAGGCCUAUCCAGCACGUCAACGACACCGUCACGGUUCGCGUUGGACUCAAGAUCUCCCAGCUGGUUGAUGUGGAUGAGAAGAACCAGCUAAUGACAACUAACGUUUGGCUCUGUCAGGAGUGGAUCGAUUACAAGCUGCGUUGGAAUCCAGACCAAUACGGAGGAAUCACUUCCAUCAGAGUCCCGUCUGAAAAUAUUUGGCUCCCAGACAUCGUCCUCUAUGAGAAUGCUGAUGGGCGGUUUGAAGGCUCUCUGAUGACCAAAGCCAUUGUCAGGUUCAAUGGCGGUGUCACCUGGACACCGCCUGCUAGUUACAAAUCCGCCUGCACCAUGGACGUCACCUUCUUCCCCUUCGACCGCCAGAACUGCACCAUGAAGUUUGGCUCCUGGACAUACGAUGGCCACAUGGUGGACAUGGUCCUGAUAGACAAUCAGGUGGAUCAGAAGGACUUCUUCGAUAACGGGGAGUGGCAAAUCCUUAAUGCCACCGGUGCCAGAGGGAACAGGAAGGACGACAUGUACACGUACCCCUUCAUCACCUUUUCAUUCAUUCUAAAGAGGUUGCCAUUGUUCUACACACUCUUCCUCAUCAUCCCUUGUUUGGGUUUGUCCUUUCUGACUGUCCUGGUGUUUUACCUUCCCUCCGAUGAAGGGGAGAAGCUGUCUCUCUCCACCUCAGUCCUUGUGUCGCUCACUGUGUUCCUCCUGGUCAUAGAAGAGAUCAUCCCCUCCUCCUCCAAGGUGAUCCCGCUCAUCGGAGAGUAUUUGCUGUUCAUCAUGAUCUUUGUCACACUCUCGAUCAUCGUCACUGUGUUUGUCAUCAACGUACACCACCGCUCCUCGGCCACCUACCACCCCAUGUCGCCGUGGGUGCGUAAUCUCUUCCUGCAGAAGCUGCCGAGGUUGCUCUGCAUGCGCGGACACACGGACCGGUACCAUUACCCAGAGCUGGCUCCGGAGAGCCCGGAGCUGAAGCCUCGCUCAGGAGGACGGAAAGCUGGCAAGAGGCCGAACAGCGGACAGACAAGUUCUGAUUCGAAGGAGGACGAGGCCUGGGCGACCAUGUUGGACAAGGCUAUCUACUCAGUGCGCUACAUCAGCAGACAUAUCCGCAAGGAACACUUCAUCCGUGAGGUCGUACAAGACUGGAAGUUUGUGGCCCAGGUGUUGGACAGGAUCUUCCUGUGGGCUUUCCUCACCGUCGCAAUACUGGGCACUGUCCUCAUCUUCACUCCAGCUGUCUACAUGUUUUUCAAAAUCACUCCUCCACCGGGAAGUGAGGAUCCACCGUCAAACUAGUAGCAAUAAUAAACCACUUUCACAAACAACCGAUGAUCCACCAACAGAUGCAUCUUUGGUUACCUCUCAGCAGGUGAAGGCCACUACAGGUGUUUUGUGAAGGAGAACUUGGACUCUGAUGGUUAGGUUUGUUCUUAAGAUCCACUUUGCAAAACAUUGUAUGCACAUUAUAGCAUAUUUUUGAGUUUUUAUAAUUACAUGUUUUUUCCCUAGAUAAACAAGACAACGUUAUUACAAAUUGGUGCCACUUAAGUUGCUUUGUAGCCAAAGUCCUAUUUAUUUAUUUAUUUUCUUGCUGGCUUUGAGAAGCAUGUAGCUAUCAGUAUACUAGACUACACAUACUUUAAGGUAUUUCAGCUCAAAUUGAAUGAAACAUGAAAAAAGGAGUAAAAGAAUAACUUUCUUCAAGGUAAUAUUCAACUUUAAAGUGUUUUCACAUUUCAAGAUCUGCUUGAUUUAUGCCUAGUUCCUCUUCAUUGUGUUAUGUUUCUAAAUAACAUUGCCUUUGAUUUGUUUAUUGGACCAUCUUGAAUUCAGAAUUGCAAAGGAUCACUUCCACAAUAUGUUCAGUUUAUACAUUUGUAUGUCUUGAGUUACCAACAACAUCUGAACUACCUUACAAAUUCAGUAGAGAUGCAAUAACCUGUUAUAUGUUUGCAAAAUGUUUGACAACGUUUGGGUCAAUAAAAACAAAAAGAGCUCUUAUUUGCGAUGUUGUACAGGAACUGUUUCCUUGUCUUUCUCACCCUCCUCAAAUACAAACGUUGCUUUGCUCACUGAUAUAAGUUAAACCACCUCAAGCAACAUCAAUGAUUACAUGAAGACUGAAUGAACAUUUCUGCUAUAAAUUACAAAACCUUCAAAAGUAAUGUAUUGGAUUGUACUUUAUUGCGCAAAUAAAGUUGCUUUUAAUACAUUAUGAUGUAUUUCUUUUACAAUAAGCUCUGCUAAAAAGGUAAACAAAUAGAGUUGAAAUGGGUGAAGUGACAGCACCACCUAGAGGUAAACCACAGUAAA